GGUGAAGGCGAAUAUUUUGGUUGUUUUGGUUUUGGUUUUGCUCUGUGAUGCAUGCGAGUUUCUCAUAAAAUCGAAUCAGUUCUGCCGAUGAGUUGUUGAAAAUUGUUCUGUCGUAGUACUAGUUGCAGCUGCACAAGAGCGAAAACGUGCGAAAUGUUCGAUCCGGAGAAGCACGGCCUCGGUCGUGAUUUCCGGCUUACCAAAUUUUCUACGCUCCGUGGGUGAGGUUCGAAAAUUCCCCAAGAUGUCCUUGACCGGCUUCUCCGGGGAGUGUAUAGCGAUCAGCUAGCAGGGAGCAGUAGAGAUGAUAGUAGCAUAAGUGAUGAUAACGUUCAAGAUAACAGCAACAAGGAGGGUGUUGGAAUUGGUUUGGAUUCUUCGGUUAUUCCACUGAAGCUUGACUUGCAACUUGUUCAAACGGUGGACUUCUUCUAUCCAUUAAUCGAUGACCCGUAUCAACUCGGACGGAUUGCGUUGGCCAAUGUAGUUAGUGAUGUCUACGCAGUGGGAGCUCUCGAAAUCGAUGAAAUUAAAUUGAUCUGUUCGGCGCCAACUGAAUUCAGCGACAAUGAAAGGGACGUGGUGGUUCCCUUGAUCAUUAAAGGGUUCCAAGAUGCGGCUCGAGAAGCAAAAGCACGGGUCAAGAUUGGUAGUAUCGCUCUUAACCCUUGGUGUAUCAUCGGAGGAAUUGCCACGGCUGUCUGUCACAAAUCGGAACUGAUUCUGCCUUAUAACGCACAAGAAGGUGAUUCUUUGGUCCUAACCAAGCCCUUGGGAACUCAGCUUGCCACAAACGCUCUCGUUUGGAUGACCGAAGAGUCAGAUAAUUGGAAAAAACUUUCCGACCACUUGAGCGCUAAAGAUGCAGAAGAAACGUAUCAAAUUGCGGUUGAAUCGAUGUCCCGUUUGAACAAAACCGGUGCAGAACUGAUGCACCAAUUCGAGGGCCACGCUGCAACUGAUGUCACCGGAUUCGGUUUGCUCGGGCACGCCUCCAAUUUGGUAAAGUUCCAGAACCGUGAUGUUGAUUUCGAAAUCCAUACUCUACCGAUUAUCAAGAAUGUAGUUAAAAUUGCCCAAGUACUUGGUCGGAACGCCAAACUGAUGGCAGGAACGGCCGUUGAAACAUCUGGCGGGUUACUUAUCAGUUUACCUUCGAGUAAGGCUCGUGACUUUUGUAAGGAGUAUGAAAUUCGUAGCGGAAAACAAGCGUGGAUUGUUGGAAAAGUUGUUGCCGGAUCGAAAACCGUUCGAGUUGAUCCAAAUCCAACGCUCAUUGUUGCUGAAUAAUUUUUGUUAUGUAACUUAAAUCUACCCUUGACAUUGUUAGACCGAUUGAGUUGAAAUGGGACGUAUGAAGCUUAUUUUUAAAGGCCGAUAAAGCUGGUAAAUUUGUCGAAGUUUUCCCUGAUCUCUCCAUCUUUCAAAUAAUGGUUUGGGUGGUUUCGAAACGUUAAAAAAAAGAGCGAGAUAAACAGUAACAUGCAUUUCAAAAAAACUA